AUGUCGGUGCGAAGGCCCCGGGGCGAAGAGGAAGACGACGAGCAGGGGAGCGGAGGCGACUAUCAUCAGCAACGGCACGGCCCGAGGCGGAUACGGCCGGCCGCGCCGCUCUCCUUCAGAUCCAUGGUCGGAAGAGCCAUGGCAGUGGACACUAUCGAGCAAAUUGCCAUGAGUUUGGAACCGGUUAUUCGUAGGGUGGUACGAGAAGAAAUUCAAAACAUCUUUUCUCAGCACGAUCACUUACCACACAGGUCUCUCCCUUUAAACAUCCAAGAGGUCGAUGUCUCGCCUAGGUUGAAGCUUUCCUUUGCAAAGAAGCUCAUGCUACCUAUCUUCACCAACAACAAGCUUGUUGAUGCCACCAAGAACAAAAUUGAAAUCUGGCUCAUGGAUACUAGAACCAACCACCAUAUCACUCAAACAGAAACUAACGAAGGCUCUUCAACACUGAAGCUGGAGGUACUUGUACUAGAUGGCGAUUUCAGUUGCGAAGAUGGCAUGGGGUGGACGGAUGAUCAGUUUACUGCUGCAACCGUGAAGGCUAGAGAGGGUAGGAGACCACUACUUGUGGGUAGUACACUCAAUGUAGCAAUGAACAAUCAAGGAGUGUCCAUGAUUAAUGAUGUGGCUUUCACUGAUAAUUCAAGUUGGAUAAGGAGCCGUAAGUUCCGAAUCGGUGUUCGUGUCAUGGGAGCGAGCUAUUAUGGGCCAAGGAUUCAGGAGGCAGUGAGCGAAAGCUUCAUAGUGAAAGAUCAUCGAGGCGAAUUGUACAAGAAGCAUUACCCUCCUCUCUUGACUGACAAUAUAUGGAGGCUCAAAAACAUCAGAAAAGAUGGACCGAUUGACAAGAGAUUGGAGUCCGAGGGGGUCAAGAACGUUCAAGACCUCCUGAAGCUUCAAACCGUAGAUCCUGAUAAGCUAAAAAAUCUCGUUGGCAUGUCAGAUCGGCAAUGGAGGACAACACUGAAUCACGCAAAAACAUGUAAAAUGGGACGAAAAAGCUACAUCUUCAAAUUUGAAGGGUGUGAUGUUAUAUUCAGCCCUAUAGGUGAGAUUUUAGCAGCAAGAAUUGGAGGCCAAACAUGCUCUUUGCAACAUCUACAGCAGCAACAAAUGGUCCAAGUGAAGCAAUUGGCCUCCAGGGCAUACGAGCAAUGGGAUAAACUAGAGGAAGUGGUGGCAAAUGAUACAGAACUUGUUACAUAUGAAGGCUUGUCAUCGUUUCCUCGGGGAAAACCCGGUUCGUCAUGUACACUAGCGAGUGAUGAAAGCAUCAUCAGCUCAGGGUCUCAAAGUGUCGAGUAUCUUGGCAAGUUGGGAUCUAGAACACCAACUUCCAAUGCUACAAUGGCGUCUAAUAGCAGCAACUCCUUAGAUUCCGUGGUAGCUAUCCCAACUAGUGAUGCUAUGUAUUGGAUCCCAAGCAUGGCCGUUGACGACGAUCACUUUACUUGGAACAACUCUACUAACCUCGGUUGUUGGGAUCAAGUUGAUUAA